UUUAAAUAAUUAGAAUUUAAGAUGGAGGAUGUUUUGAAUAUUUUUUUAUGUUUAUCAAUCUUGUAAUUAAUUAAUUAGAGUUUCAUUGGUUCAUUAGUGGAGGGAAAUGUUUUGAUUUUAAAUUUGAAAUUUGAUUUGAAAAUUUGAAUUUUUUUCUUUUGAAACACGUGUUUUAUAAUGAUUUUUAAAUUGACACGUGUGGGGGUUAGGUUAAUGAAUAAAAAUUUAUGUACAUUACAGAUAAAUUUCGCAAAAUCAAUAUCUACGGUAAAAAUACCAGAUCCUAAUUUAGACACUUCAUACAUUUGUGAUCCGAAAAAUCGUAUUUCGAUAUCCGAGAAUAUAAAACACAGAAAAGGAGUCGGAGACAUCGACAAAGUUCUCCAACUGUCUAAAGAUCCUGAUAAAAAUGAAGAAUUUCUCAAAGAGUUAUCGAAAAUUCCCAACAAAACUGACCCGCGUGUCCUCGAGUACGGCGAGCAGGGUAAGAUUUUAUCCGAAACUCCUGUACGAACUUACGAUUUCCAGCCGCAGACAUUCAUAGAACUCGCCAAGAACCUCAAGCUCAUAAGAAUUGAUCAAUUGGGACCAGUUUGCGGUCCCAAAAGUUAUAUUUUGCUGGGGGAUCUCGCGCAGUUGGAAGAAGCGCUGGUCCAGUUCUCUGUUAAAAGACUCUUGGAAUGCGGGUUCAGGUGCAUCAGUGUACCGGACAUUUUACCCAAGACGGUUAUUGAAAGGUGCGGAAUGAUUGCCGAUGGAGAUCAUACGCUUAUUUAUACUCUAGACAAAGCGUAUGGAGACGUCUGUCUAUCGGGAACUGCGGAAAUGGCUCUCGCUAUGCAUCUGAUGAACAAGGAAAUUAAUGAAGAAACAUUGCCGGUUAAAUUAGCGGCAGUCAGCCGAUGCUUCAGAGCUGAGGCUUCUAAUAAUGCUGAGGAAUCAGGAAUUUAUAGAGUUCAUCAAUUUACAAAAGUUGAAAUGUUUGCAUGUGCAAGUGAAAAUAAAUCAUCAGAAUUUUUAGAAGAAAUAGUAGAGAUCCAAAAAAAUAUUUUCAAAGAUUUAGGUCUUGGAUUUAAAAUAAUUGAUAUGCCGUCUCAUGAUUUAGGUGCACCUGCUUACAGAAAAAUCGACAUUGAAGGCUGGUUGCCAGGGAAAAAUUCUUACGGAGAAUUGUCCAGCUGCAGUAAUUGCACGGACUUUCAAUCUAGACGUCUGAAUAUUAAAUAUAAAGAUAGUAAUAGUAAUGAACUUAAGUAUGUUCACACGUUGAAUGGAACUGCAUGCGCGAUUCCUAGGUCGUUAAUUGCUAUCUGUGAAAGUUAUCAAUUGAAAGAUGGUAGAAUUGAAAUUCCGAAGGUACUUGUGCCGUUUAUGAAUGGAAAGACGAUUAUUGAGACACAGAAAGUUGGUGAUAUGAGAACUUAUAAAUAUAAGACACGGUAAUUAUAUUAUUGUUAUAAAUAAAUUAUUUAAUAAAAAUAAAAUGGAAAUUAAUAAUUAAUAAUUAUGAUUUUUUU